UGUGACGCCAAAUCGCAAACAUCACCCUUCGGAGCCUUCCUGGAUGGGUGAAGUGCAGCGGAAGUUCUGGGAGCCUGAGGCAUCACAUCCACCUCACUGCGAGACUGCCUACGUACCCCAGCUUCUCUCAACUCGAGUUGCGCUGCCUCCAUCUCUCCACUCCAUCCCAUCAUCUCACCAACCGCAAACAUGAAGAUCCUCCUCACCGGCGCCACGGGCUUCAUCGGCACGGAAAUCCUGGAGCAGAGCAUCAAGCACAACUACAUCCAGCACAUCUACUGCCUAACCCGCACCGAGCUCGAUCCCAAGUACUCGACGCACCCCAAAGUCACGCAGAUCCUCCACGACGACUUCUCGCAGUACCCCGACUACCUCCUCGACAAGCUCGCAUCAUAUGGCGUCGAGGGAUGCAUCUGGACGCUGGGCAGGCGCUACGACAAGUACGCCGACAAGAGCGAGGCGGAGAAGGUGGAGAUUCACUACCGCAUCCAAGCGGCGAAUGCCUUUGCCAACGCCCUGGCCACCAAGCUCGAUCCCAAUGCUCCGCCGAUGAAGCAGAAGUUCCCCUUCCGCUUCGUCUUCAUCUCCGGCUGGGGUGCGGAACAGAAUCAGUUCCGUACGCUGUGGAUGUACUCGGACAGCCGGAAGACCAAGGGUGCGGCGGAGAAGGGGAUUUUCGACGUGGCGGACAACUCGGAGCUGCUCCAGGGCAAGCGGUGUUUCGAGGCGAUUGCCUUGCGAGUGGGCGCCGCCAUCCCCGGCGGCGAUGCCAUCUCUACGCUCGUCAGUGAGCUUGUUGCGCCCUACAUUGCCGUAGACAGACUAGGCAAGUGUGCGAUCCGGAUAGUCAUGCAAGGCACAGGGAUUGAGGGGAAGAGGACCCUGGAGAACAAAGAGUGUUUGGGAGAUGAUUGGGCAAUGGUGAACUCCCUCGCAUUCUGAUUCAUUACACCCCAAUGUGUUGGACUGUUCGAGAGAUCCUUUUUCCCAACUCCAAACAUUCUGCGCCUUCUGCAUCCGAGUCGUCGUCAUCAUGCAUACCCGACCUCCGAGCCUCCAUCAAACCAUCGUCUACGGCUCCCACUCACUGAUGUCCGAGUCGUCGCCCGAAUCGAAAAUGAG